AACUCAUGCAUGUUUGUUACAGCUUCAUACUGGUGAUUUGUUAAUGUGUGUACCUUGCCUGUGUGUGUGCUUUAAUUUAUCACUAACAAAAUAAUAGACUCUAUCUCUAUACAUAUCAAAACAAGUAAUUAUGGGUAAGUGCAAAUUUAAUGAAGACUGGCUUAAAAAAAAAGAUAAAAAUGGACAUAUUGUGUGUGAGUGGGGAAAAAAAGAGGACAGUGAUACAGGUUUUUUUUGUUUUGUGUGUCUUAAAAAGUUUUCGAUUGCUUGGGGCUUUGAAGCUAUCGAACAACACGCAUCAACACAAAAACACAAGGAACAGUGUAAAGUAAAGUUGACAGCAUCUCAAUUGCAUAUGACAAGUUUGCGACCCAAUGAAAAACCCAUCGAAGAACAACCAAGUACUUCUAAACCUGAAAAUAGCCAAAGAAGUUGUGUACAAUUAUAUAGUGUCAAAGAUGGGGCCACAAGAGCAGAAAUUUUGUGGGCUAUGAAAAUGGUGGUCUCUGAUUUUCCAAUAGAGCCCUCAUGCGAUUCUAUAAAGGAACUAUUUUCAGCUAUGUUUCCAAAUUCACUACCAUCAGAUUUUUCUAUGUCUACUACCAAAGCAAGAUAUUUAAUUUGUGAUGCUAUAGCUCCAUAUUUUAGGCAAGAAAUGAUGAAGGACUACAAAGACUCCUAUUUUUCGCUAUGUUUCGAUGAAACCUGCAAUGCAGCAUCAAAAAAGGAGCUUCAGGUGGCCAUAAAAUAUUGGUCUCCGAUUAAAGAAAUGAUAAUAACGACACAUUUAGAAACUUUCUUCAUUGGUAAAGCUACCGCCGAGGAUAUUUAUUCUAAGCUGAAUGAAGCAAUGGACAACGCUCAACUAUCCCGCAAAAGGCUUCUGAUGCUAGGCUGUGACGGGCCCAAUGUGAAUAAAGCGGUUACAAGAUUGAUGAACGAUUCUUUAAUUCUGUUGGGCAGACGGAAAUUAGCUGAUAUAGGAACAUGUAACAUUCACACUGUACACAAUGCCUUUCUUAAGGCUUUGAUGGAGUUUGGUGAAAGCGUAUCUGACUUUAUAUUUCAAAUUCACAACUUUUUCGAUGGUUGGCCUGCUCGCUGGGAAGAAUAUGAAAUUAUUCAAGACAAGUUAAAUUUGCCAAACCAUCGCUUCAUUAAGCACGUUUCUUCACGUUGGCUCACUAUGGGGCCUGCUGCUGAACGCGUUUUAGAGCAAUGGCCUGCAAUAAUUGAGUAUUUCACUAAACAUCUACCUAAAAAACAGACUAAUACAUCCCAAAACUUUAAAAACAUCUAUAACUUCAUCAAUCAAAAGCUAGCAAAAGCAGAAAUAAUGUUUGUAGUGUCCAGUGUAAAGAUGUUCGUGAAAGUCACUGGUUUCUUCCAGCGUGAAGAGCCAUUGGUUCACAUGAUUCAUGAAGAAUUAAAGAAACUCGUGAGAACCAUUUUUAAUCGGUUUUGUGUAAAAAGCGCGCCUACGUCAGUUGAAGGUCUAAAUGAAAAAUAUUACGUUCCUCUUCAAGAUAUUGUGCUAGAAGAUUCAAUCAGAGAAUUAUUGGAGACCGCUCAAGAACGUGAUAGAGUAACAUUUUUACACAAAGUAAAAAAUCAUUACGUCGCCGCUUGCAAACAUCUGCUAACAAAAACGUCAAUGGAUUAUUCUUUAAUAAAAUACUUGGCAAUAUUGAACCCUAAAAAACAAAAUUCAGAAACGUGUCAUAAAGACUUUUUAAAAAUUGCAAACACUUUGCCGGUUGCGUUUGAAGAAACGGCACUAACAAACGAAUGUCUUUUGUUGAUGCAACAUCAAAAAGGAAAUCAAGAAGAACAAAGGAUUGAAACUUACUGGGGCAAUAUUUUUAAAAGGACCUUUGAUAACGGAGAAAAAAUGUUCCCCAACCUGGAAUACAUUGUAAAGGCCGCAUUAGCACUGUCGCAUGGCAAUGCAGAUGUGGAAAGGGGCUUUUCAUGUUCGGGUAGAAUUUUAACACCAGAAAGGGCUAACAUGUGUCAGAGGACCCUUGAUGCGCAUUUGACAGUUAAAUCGGCACUAAAAAACAUGUACGAAAACAAGAUUCAUUUAGUCCCUUUAACACCUGAAUUGAUGAAAUUAGCCAGAACGGCAUAUAUAAGAUAUAAAACAUAUUGUGAAGAACAGAAGCAAAAAGAAGAAAUAAAGAAGCUCGAAAAGAAAAGAAAUGAGGAACUUGAUAGAGAAAAAAAAGAACUUAAGAGAAAGUACGAAGAAACUAAGACGAUUAUUGAAGAAGGUGAGACAACGCUAAAAAAAAUAAGAGAAGAAGAAAAAAUUAAGAGGGAGACAAUUGACAGAUUAAUUAAAAAUGCAAAUGCCAUGUUGAAGGGCGGAAUCAAAGAAAAAGACAUGGUUUCCGUAAAUAUGGCAAAAUCUCUGCUAGAAACUGUAGUAAAGGAGAGAAAAGAAGAAGAACAACAAAUACAAGAGGAAGAAAAAAUACAAAAAAUCGUAGAUAAGAAGAAAAAAACACUUAUAACAAACUUCUUUAAGAAAACUUAAUUUUAAAUGUUAUGUUUAUUUUAAUGGAACUUCUCUGUACUUUUUUCUUUCUCAUAGUCAUUUGAUUUUAGUGUUCACUAUAUGUAUAAUUUUGCACGAAUGCGCAUGACUCACUUGUAAUACAAUAACAAUUACUAACAAUAAAAAAAGCUUUUUAACACAAUAAAAAGGCGGUGCUGGUUGGCUAUGGGGAUGGUGGAGGCCAAUAACUGAAAAUAAGCUUUUUAUUUCACACCAUUCACCCGAAAAACGGUUUGGAAAUGGUCAGUAUUUGGUCAGUAUUUUUGAAUUUUUGGUCAGUAAAAUCAGUAUUUUCGACCAUAGAACUUGUUUCGGCCCCUGUAAGUAUUGACGCAACGGGUUCAAUAUUCAAGAAAAUUUGUCCCCCUAAUCCUACAAAUGCUUACGAAAGUAAACACUUGUUUUUAUACGUCGUGAUGCUAAAGGUCGAAGGUAAUUCCGUGCCACUUUGUCAAAUGAUUUCAGCCACGCAAACCAUGGAUAAUAUAUUUCACUGGUUAAAGAAAUGGAUCGGUCAUAUGAAAGCACCGAACGAAGUCAUUUGCGAUGAGUCGGCUGCAAUUUUAGGAGCUGUUGUGAACGCGUUCACAAGAUUUAGCACAACCAGAGAAUAUUUAUCACACUGCUUUAAUGUUUUAUGCCAAGGAGAACGCAGUCAAAUUGCUUGCCUUUUGAGAUUAGAUACAUCACACUUCUUGAAGUCUUUAUAUCGCCUACAAUGUUUCAAGUUCGUUGAUGUUCGUGUCAAGUCUUUUUAUAUUAAAUAUCUGUUAGGACUAAAAAGUUGUACGAAUUUUGAGGUGGCAAAAACUAUAAUUGAAAAUUUCAUACAUACCAAGUUCUUUUGCGAUAGAUCUUUUACUCUCGCCAUCUGCAACCCUUUUACGUGCUGCUUCUAUUAUUUCUUGAGGACAAAUCGAUCGAUUUGAUGAUCUUUUUCUUCUUGAGGACAUCCUGCAAAUUAAAUUAUAUUUUAAUUUAACAAACUAUUGCCAAUUAUUAACCCUUAAAGGAGCGAUUUUUUAUUUUACACGAAAAAAUAUAACGUGUGUAUUUGGGGCCAUAUAUUAAGGGAAAAAUAAUAAAAAAAAUAUUUGAAAAUUAUUUAUUUUUUAAAUAAAAAAAAACAGUAUGUUGCCAAAUGGCUACAGUGCGCGUUCCGGCCUACCAUAGCUUCAUAUAAAGUAAGAUAACAAAAAAAUAGGUUUGUUGUAAAAUAGAUCAAUCAAAAGCCAUGAAAUUCACUAAAACAGUUCCUGGUUUUAGUGUGGCACAGAGCCACAUUACACUUUGUGCACUCGACACGUGUAAAACCUUAUUUUUUUUCUCACAGCGCUUUUCAUGGUGGGCAAUGCCAUCGGUCCUAACAUCUUUCGGUGGUACGUACGACAUUUUUCCUCUCUUGGCCUUCAACUCCAAUUCUCUUUCUAGACUGCCUUUCGAUGGUCUCCCUCUCUUGUUCCCAUCACCAUUCACUUUAUAUUUACAUAGACUUUCGGCUAACUCGGCUCUAUACUCUCCAAGAUUCAUGUUCUUCGUAUUUCCUCUUACUUCAUUUACUUUCUUGUAUAAUAUCCAGGAAUUUAUUACGCUCAAAUCAAUCAUGUGGUAAAACAACCGCAUAUACCAUUUUCUACUUUUUAUUCUGAUUCUAUACCUCCCUAAAAAACUGUCAAAGUUUCAAAAAGUUUCAAAUUCUAAGUUUCUUCUGUAUAAAGUGAAAAUGGAAUACAGAAAGUGCUUUGUUCCAAGUUGCAGCAGUAAUUGUAAAAAUAGUCCAAACAAAAUCUUCGUUCGCAAUAGGGAAGACUUACGAUAGAAGUGGUGUCGAAAAGCUGAUGCGAAAUAUUACAAAGUUUAUACUAUGUAUUGUCGCGAAGAUCAUUUUAAUGUAAGUAUCACAGAAGUAAUAUACUCCUCUGAUAUUGUCAGUCCCAUUAUUGUCCAUAUCAUAUGUUAAAUUACGUUUUUAACAUAUGAUAUCACAGGUUUUAUUGUUUACAGCCUAUAUUAAGGUUAUUAUUAUUGACAGUUCUAUUCAGACAGCUAUUAUUGACAGUUGUACUUUUUUAAUGCAACCACACUAUGGCACAGAUACUAUCGUUCUGUCCAUAUGAUGACGUCACCCAUAUCAAAAAGUGGAAAAUCUUAAAAAAAUAUUUUUGAAGUGGUUUCUGAUCCUUUUAUCAAAAUAUUCAAAUUAUUUUCUUUAAAUGGACUAUAUUAUCAAAAAAUUCAAUAAAAACACAAGGUAUUUUUUUUAACAAUGCCCAUUGCUAAAUUGUUUAGAUGAAGUUACAAACUACAAUCCAAAACAAAACAACGGCAAAAAAACUGGACAGACUUUGAAAGAUUAGGGAUUUUACAAACCUGUCAAUAAAUAAUUGCCAUUACAAAAAAAAUAUAUUGAUGGCAAAAAUAAUUCCUAUAAAUAUAAAGAUUCUAUGCAUAUUUGCAAUAAUUAUGUAUUCUAAGGUAUAACCUGUAAUUGGUUAAUUAUAUUUACUGUUAUUUCUAUUUUAAAAUAUUUAUUUAUCAUUUCGAGCCUUCUGAUAUUUUAUUAAUGGCAACUUAUAAAAACAUGUCUUCUACGUUUCGUUUCAUUAUAUUACGUUUCGUUACUAAAAUCUUUUAAUUGAUAUAUUUGCUAAACCCCAGCUUCUAAAAAUAUUAUUUUUACAGAAAAAUGAAUGGUUUAGUUGUCUCAAUAAGUGGUACAAAUUUUAUCAGGGAACACCAAAAAAAGUAUGCUGUACGAAUUCUGCCAUUCUCCUUUUUGAAGUUAUAGUAAAUAGUGUGUUAUUCUUAUUAUUUGUAGUUAUAAUUAUUUUAAUUCUUUAUUGAUAUAAAAAUAAAUUUUCACUUUUUUGUGAUAAGUGUGUUUGUAUCCUAGCAUCAUAUUCAACCUGUGCAUUACGUCUACGCUUUGGCAUGGGUUCCGAAGAGUUGAUUCGUUCAAUGACACAAUCUGUAUGCUCCUGCUCUUUAGCCAAUUCAAUAAUUGUUUUAUAAAUGUUCCAUUUUUUAUGGAGAAGCGUGUUCCAUCGUUCAUGGCACGAUUCCAAUGCAUUUUGUGUCCUUGGAACAGAAAGUGUGCGAUCGUAAACUGACCACAUGGCUGGUGGAAAUAAUGCCUGAUUUCUUUUUAUUAUGAAACCCGUGUUAGUUCUUUGCUGCGUGUGAUGUGAUCCAACAUAAUAUUUCUUAAACCAGUGGGCAAUUUCAGUUGCUUCUGUCGGCAAUAUUUUAUUUUGGAUGAUUUCGAAGGCUUCGGAUAUCUCAGUGGGCUCAAGAAAAGCGAGGGCAACUAAGUGUCUGAUUUUGUACGCAAAUGUGAAAUCUUCAGCAUAUCGCCUUGCGAGACCCUCUGACUGGACAUGACGCCAAAUACUUUGGGUCAAAUGGAAUAAGCAUAGUCUGUGGGCGCAGUCUGGAAACUGUCGUUUGACUGCAUUGAUCACUCCUACUUCAAAAUCAGUUAAUAUAUUAGCUGGUGACAAAUGGGUAUUUAAUGUAUUGAUCGCAUAUUUUUUCAAAAUCUCCAAAAAUAUGAAAUAACAGCUUUCAGUCUUAUGUGACAGUAGUGCGUAUACCAUAGGUAGAAAUUUAUUUGUGCCUCCUGCAGUUCCCACUAAAACAUGAAUAGAAAAAAAUUGACAGAACGGAGUUGGACAACUCGAAAAUGUCCCGUCCAUGAUCCAGCAUUGUGCAUUAUUCAUACGCUUAACAUUAGCUUUAGUACCAAAAAUCGCAACACUU